AUGGCAGACUAUUCAUCCAGGUGGGAUAAGCGGGGGCAACGACCGGUCAGGAUUGCCAAUUGUUCGGGAGCACGCGGUGAUCCUGGCUAUCAAAUGCGGCGGCAGGCCGAACUUGGAGACGUCGAUUUUAUCACUGGUGACUAUCUUGCUGAGAUGAACAUAGCGGAUAAUGCGGCCGCCUACCAUCAAGGCAAGCAUCCAGGAUACGACCCAAACGCCCUACAAGGAUUCCGAGAGAGCAUUGAUUUGAUCGCCAGAAAAAGGAUCAAAGUCAUCAUCAAUGGAGGGUCUCUCAAUCCCGCCGGUCUGGCGGAGGAGUGCCGAAAGCUGGCUAUAGAGCGACAGCUUGACCUCAAAAUCGCAUUCAUCUCAGGGGAUGACCUGUAUGAGCAGAUAAAAUCUGACAUUGACUCAACCCGAGUAAUCCCCGCCCAUUUGGACAGUGGGAAUCCUCAGGUAUCUAUUAAGGCAGUGGUUAGGGAUUUUGCCCGCGACCCAGCUGCGUCGUCCAUCGUGUCCGCAAAUGCCUACCUAGGGGCGAGAGGCAUCGUCAAAGGCCUUGAGAAUGGAGCAGAUAUCAUCAUUUGUGGCAGAGUAGCUGACGCCUCGCCAGUCAUUGGUGCGGCAUGGUUCUGGCACUCUUGGAGUGACCAAGAUUAUGAUAACUUGGCACAUGCCCUGAUUGCUGGCCACUUGAUUGAGUGUUGCUCCUACAUCACUGGCGCCAAUUACGCUGCUUUUUACGAGGUUGACCCUGAAGUUCUCAUAGAUCUACCGUUUCCUAUUGUUGAAAUUGGUAAUGACGGAGCCGCUGUAGUGUGCAAGCACGCAAACACAAAGGGACUGAUCACAGUGGACACGGUCAAAUGCCAAUUCUUGUACGAGUUACAAGGCAAUCUUUAUCUCAAUAGUGAUGUAACGGCGGUACUGGACAAUGUAAGGAUUGAAUCAAUUGGGACUGACAGGGUUUUAAUGACUGGAGUUCGUGGUCAACCACCAAGCCCGACAACUAAACUAGCCAUCUUUUUCCAGGGAGGGUUUCAGUCACAGAUCUUACUAAACGCCACGGGAUAUGCAACUGCAGAAAAAUGGGCAAUCUACGAGAAGCAGAUCCGUUUUGGCUUGCAAAAGUCGUGCGUACUUGACGACUUCAGCUGUCUUGAGUUUCAAGUCGUCGGGGUCAAUGAGGCAAACCCGAAAUCACAGCUGAGAAGCACAACUUAUUGUCGUAUUUUCGCUCAAGCUGUCUCCGAGAAGCCGCUGAACAUGCUGCUGAAGACAAUACAAGAAUAUGGCAUGCAACACUUUUCAGGAUUUCAUCUCUCGUUCGAUCUCAGGACCGGGUUUCCGCUUCCUUUUAACCAAUAUUAUCCUGCCCUAGUGGUCCAAACUGAGCUGAAAGAAACUGUCAAUUUCCUUGGGAAAGAUGGGCAAAUUUACUCAUCCAUUGAUGGCGGUCACCCGCCCAGAUACCAAAAGCUUGGGCGCCGGGACAGCUACGAGACUGCUUUGGUAGCAGAUCUUGAGAUUUUCGGACCAACAAAGCGUGCAAGGCUGGGUGAUAUUGUCCUUGCACGAUCUGGAGACAAGGGCGCCAACCUCAACAUCGGACUUUUUGUGAGAGAUGCGGAUACUUGGCCGUGGUUGCAGUCUUUCAUGACGUGUGCAAGAAUGAAGGCCCUCAUCGGCGAUGAUUGGUGUGAGGAACUCUUUCUAGAAAGGGUUGAGUUCAAGAACCUGCAUGCUGUUCAUUUUGUGAUCUACGGCAUACUGGGCACCGGAGUCAGCAGCUCGACUCGUCUGGACUCAUUAGGGAAAGGUUUUGCAGAUUACAUUCGCGACAAGGUUGUUGGCAUUCCUAUGAAGUUCUUGAAGAGCAUAACGGUCACGGCUGUUCAUACAUAA